GCGAAUCUAUCCAUUCACAACUCAAGCUUCCGAAAUCGUAGUAGCGCUUACACAGCUGCAGUUUCUAGAGCCCUCCCUGCCUUUCGAGCUCGCCACCAUGCCUGCCCUCGCCAAGCCCGCCUCCCGCCCCGCCAAGACGGCCGCCGCGCCGAAGCCGAAGCCCGCCGCCGCCAAGCCCAAGGCCGCCGCAGCCGGCGCCUCCCACCCGCCCUACUUUGAGAUGAUCAAGGAGGCGAUCACGGCGCUCAAGGAGAGGACCGGCUCGAGCUCCCACGCCAUCGCCAAGUACAUGGAGGACAAGCACGGCGCGUCGCUGCCGGCCAACUACAAGAAGAUGCUCUCCAUCCAGCUCCGCGGAUUCGCCGCCAAGGGCAAGCUCGUCAAGGUCAAGGCCUCCUACAAGCUCUCUGACGCUGCCAAGAAGGACUCCCCCAAGGCCAAGCCCGCCGCCGCCAAAACCGCCGCGGCCAAGCCGGUCAAGGCCACCGCCAAGCCCAAGAAGACCGCCGCAGCCGCCACCAAGCCCAAGAAGACCGCCGCCGCCGGGACCAAGCGCAAGACGCCGGAGAAGAAGAAGAUUGUUGCGAAGCCGAAGAAGUCCCCCGCGGCGAAGGCCAAGGCCAAGCCCAAGACCGUCAAGUCCCCCGCCUCCAAGAAGGCCCGGAAGGUCGCCGCAUGAGUCUGUUCCAUAGGUCGUAGCUCUGAUUGUGGUGGUUGUGCCUAGGAGUUGUACAAACGAAGUGCGUGCCAGAAAUGUCUAAUCGUGUGUGGUGUUAGGCAAGGUGUUAUCUAUCCGGGUCGGUGUUAGUGUAGCUGAUGGUUAGGUUUCUUGUGAUGGAGAUGUAUCUCGCUCUCUUAAUAUAUGAAAUGAACUUGCCGUUCCCUCAAUUCGAAA